AUGUCUUUCCUUGCCUUUACGAACUUCAACAUAGUCGUCAGCGUCCUUGGCGGCUGGAUCGCCUUUUUUGGCCUGUUUUCGUACCUUGUCAAGGAGAGAUACUACCUUUCCGAGGCCUUCAUUUCCACCUUCGUCGGAGCCAUAUUCACCUACGGGCUAAAUCUACUGAAACCCUUGGAAUACGCGGGCUCCGAAGAUGGUCUUGAUGCGGUCAAUCUAGAUUUCAGUCGCCUUGUGUUGGGCGUCCAGCUUUUUCUUGCCGGAGUCGAGCUACCCAGCCGCUAUCUGCAAAAGGAAUCAAAAUCGCUCAUGCUACUCCUAGGUCCGGGAAUGGUGGCGAUGUGGGCGUGUAGCAGCAUCGUCAUAUGGGCUCUAGUUCCCGGCCUUCCACUCUUGCACGCGUUGGCCAUCGCGGCAUGCAUCACACCGACCGACCCGGUACUCUCCAACGCUAUCGUCAAAGGCAAGUUCGCCGAUGAGAACGUCCCCAAAGACCUGCAGAAUAUUAUUAUUGCCGAAUCUGGCGCGAACGAUGGCCUCGGAUACCCGUUUCUAUUUCUCGCUCUCUACCUAAUACAAUAUACUACGGGAGAUAAUCAGGACACGGUUGGAGGCGCCCGCACCGCUAUAAGCCUCUUCCUGUGGAAGACCUGUGGUUACAUUGUCCUGUUUAGCGUCGUAUACGGCGGGUUUGUGGGGUGGGCAGCUAAAGAACUCCUGUAUCGCGCAGAGAAGAAGCUGUACGUGGAUCGCGAGAGCUUCCUCGUCUUUGACAUUGCCAUGGCCCUACUCAUACUCGGAACCUGUGGCAUUCUAAGAAGUGACGAUGUCCUGGCUUGUUUUGUUGCCGGCAAUGUCUUUACGUGGGAUGACUGGUUCCGGAUCCAGACGUUGGACGAUUCCCUUCGGCCCACCGUCGACAUGGUACUUAAUGUGGCCAUGUUUCUGUGGGUUGGCGCAACAUGCCCCUGGGAAAGCUUUUGGACAACCGAGAUGAUUUCUCCUUACCGCUUGAUUGCUCUUGAGCUGUCCGUGUUGCUCCUGAGACGGCUUCCUAUCAUCUUCCUUCUCCGUCGUCAUGUUUGGCAGAUCGAGGAUAUGCGGCAAGCUUUGUUCGUCGGCUACUUCGGACCAAUUGGGGUGUCUGCUAUAUUCUAUCUCCAUAUCGGUCUGGAAUUCCUGAAGGGCGCCACCGAGUCUGGUGUCCCCUCAGAAGCCGCAGAACAGCUCGGUGAAGCCAUGAGAGUCAUCGUAUGGUUUCUAGUAAUAUGCAGCGUGGUGGCCUUUACACCUUAG